UGCGCCUGCUGUUUUGAAAGGACCCCGGCGAUGCACGCGGCUUUGACAGUCGUAGGAUUUGCUAAAUUAUAUCCACAUUUGUCAUUUUUACUUUGCGUCGAAGCUACAAGAUAUUUAGUGAACAAAACUACAUACGUUCAUUGCAGUUCUGUAUCGUACAAUUUCCGGAAAAACGUUCAUUCUAGUCGAAGUAAUUGUGUAUCUCUCAUGGAGCUGGAAACUGCCACACCGGUGGAAGAAAACACCCCGGUCGAAGAAGACAAAAUAAGCGGCAAACGUAAAAGCGACGAGGCGAGCAGCUUGCCCCCAAAGCGGAGAGGACCCCGAGGAAAGAAACUCCGUCGCGGGGAGAGAUAUGUACCUCCUCCGCAGAAACGCAACCCGGGUGUCAGUUUCAGCCAGGAACAUUUUGACGAAACGUCGUACUACUUUGAGGACGGUCUGCGUAAAGUUCACCCGUAUUACUUUGACUUCAAGACCUACUGCAAAGGUCGCUGGAUAGGGAAGAGCCUUUUGGAAGUGUUCGAGAGUGAGUUCCGAGCGGAGUCUAUUGAGUAUUACCAGAAGGCUGUCAAAGAGGGGCGCAUCCGCUUGAAUGAGAUUCCCGUGGAAGACCUGAAUGUGGUCCUCAAGAACAAUGACCACAUGAAGAAUACAGUCCAUCGUCACGAGCCCCCUGUCGUGGGCAAACCUCUGGAGGUCCUGGUGGACGACGGCAAAGUCCUCGUGGUUGACAAACCCUCUUCCAUCCCCGUCCACCCUUGCGGACGUUUCCGACACAACACCGUGAUUUUCAUCCUGGGCAAAGAGCGAGGCAUCUCGGAGCUGCACACCGUCCACAGAUUGGACCGACUCACCUCGGGGGUGCUGCUCUUUGCCAGGACUUUGGAGAUCUCGAAAAAACUGGACCAGCUGGUGAGAGACAGACAGCUGGAAAAGGAAUACGUGUGCCGAGUGGAAGGUGAGUUUCCAGAGGGUGACUUGGUGUGCGAGGAGCCCAUCCUGGUUGUGUCUUUUAAAAUUGGGCUCUGCCGCGUUGACCCAAAGGGAAAGGAGUGUCGGACGGUAUUCCAGAGACUUAGCUUUAACGGCAAGACCAGCGUGGUGCGCUGUUUGCCCCUGACGGGCCGCACCCAUCAGAUCAGGGUGCACCUCCAGUACCUGGGCUUCCCCAUCCUCAACGAUCCCAUCUACGGUGCCUCUGCAUGGGGGCCUCACAGGGGAAAGGGCGGUAUGAUGGGGAAGAGUGAUGAGGAGCUCCUCAAGGCUUUGGUUGAGGAGCAUAAAAAUCAGGAGAGUCUCCACCUGCUGGAUGCAUCAGACAACGGGAACAUGUUGUCUCAGGAGGGACGGAAGGAUGAUGAACUAAGUUGCGGUGAAAUAAUAUCGAAGACCACUGCAAAGGAUGCGGCAUGUUCUUCAGACGUAAGCGGUGACGCCGACUUACUCGAAGAAUCUCGGGAACCUCCUACGGAUAAGUCACGUGGAGACCAAGUGCAGACACCAACCGACCCCCUGUGUAGUGAGUGCAAACUAAUACGAGCUGACCCCACCGAACAAGAACUCAUCAUGUAUCUGCACGCUUUACGCUACAAAGGACCAGACUUUGAAUAUUCUACACCGUUACCUGACUGGGCCAAAGAGGACUGGGUGCAAGUGGACUGAGACAAGAUGUCUUCAAAAUGGAUUUCCAGAUGAAUUUUGCGGUGACAUUUUUUUUUGUUGAUUGGGUAAACCCAAAUACAAAAAAAAUGUGCAUUUGUUCAUAAUUAUAUUCAGUUUUUACAAUAAUAUUUUUUUUUGUGAUGGUACCUUUCAUCAUUGUAAAUUCUUAAGUGGUUUUUCAAGGUUAUUGGACAAUGAGUUUUUUUUCUGUUAAUGCUUUUAGGUAAAAGAGUUGUUAAAAAAAAAAAGCAAAUUAAACUCACCGCAGGAAAGUCUUUAAUUUCAUCUGAUUGGAAAAUGUAACAGUUUCAAGUCCUGUAAGUAAAGGAAGUCUUUAAAUAAAGAAUUCUGUUUUACGACA